GAAUGUAACCUCAUUUCGUCAGUUGAGAUAUCAACGUCCGCUCUGUCGCAAGCAUCUUUGAGAAAGAGCCACUCCCGGUUUUGUACCUGGCAAGCAGAUUAAGAUGAACAAACUUCUGCUCUCUUUUCUGGUCAUCUCAGUUGUUCUCGCUGUGUGCUGUGCACUGAGAGAACGGCGAGAGGUACGUCAGGAUUCUAAUCGCCAAAAGCGUUCUAUCCGGGACAUGGUUCGUCGAGAGGCAAGACGCCUAGAUCUGUCCCGCAGAGAAUUUGCGCGUCGCGAUCUUACACGCCGGGAAUUAUUUCGACGCGAUCUCAGCCGUCGAGAUCUCACUCGCCAAGCCCGCCGUCUUGGAGCAAACGAUUAUCAAGCAGUGCAUGCUCAGUUCCACGAGGAUGAAGGAGCAUUUGCAGAGACAGAUUGAGAGCAUUUUCCUCUGCCAAAUACAUCUGGGAAGCUUAGGUGAUGGUGCACAGAACCAAGAGAGUGUCUUUUUUAUAUAAUCGUCGUGAAUUGGUUGUCAGUUUGAAAGUUUGCUGUUUACACAAUAAAAAUAGGCUUCGGAUGUAA